UGAGCCGAAAAUUUUACCCAACAUGGCGGCAAAGAAGCGUGUUUUGUGACACAUCAGAAAUUCCUUUUCACCAUGGCUUACCAAACACAGGAUUUAACGUUUGGGGACUUCGAUACCCUGGACCAACAUGAGCAGAACAACAUCAGAAAGAUUCUGUAUGGGCCACGCAGUUCUACGGGAGAUAGAAAAGUGGAGUUCCCCUGGGAUGAAUCCAGAGGUAGCAUGUUCCAAAAUGACACUGCCCAGGGAGGAGACAUGGUGGCCCCACCAGAGACAAACUGUAUGCCAGUGAAUAUGAACACAGACCCCAUCCCUAAUUAUCAACAUUACCAUAGUGACGGCCCUCCACAGCAGCAGUACCAACAGCAUAUGGAGGUCAUCCAUGAACAGAUGAACUCACAAGAAAAUGAAGAAUAUAGACAGGCUUAUCAGGAAGGUCAGCAGGAUGAAUUUUAUGGAAACCAGUUUCCUAGAGAGGAUCAGACUUACCGAGCUUCUUCAGUUGAAUUUGGUUACGACCCAAGUCAGUCAGAAAUGUCCCAGGGUGGAGGAAAACAACGUAGGAACAAAAAGAAACGUCCUCCUGGUUAUUACGAAAAGUUGGAGGAGGCUGAGAGAAAGUCUCAGACUGACCUUGUCCAGUCCAAUGUGGGAAACUGGGCAGACAGUGCAAUUGGACAGGUCUCACCUCAAAACUUUUCUUUUAUGCCACUCAAUUACCCGCCAGUACCUGCAGAGGUACGACACAUGGGUUCACCUGUAUCACAACAUACACCGCCUCCUUACCAUGAGCAGAGACCUCCUGGAAUUGGCAUGGUCCCCCCAUCAGUCCAGGAACGGCCCUUCCCCCAGCAAGGUGCCCCUCCCGCCAUGGUCAGGGUACAUCCCUCACAAACAAUGCACCAGGGCUCUAUUCCUCAACAGGAUCCUGCUGUGAUGGCCACAGGAAAUGCACCAGAUGCCAGGCAUGGGGGCUCUCUUCCAAGGGAGGGAGCCCAUUUGGGGACAGUGAACAACCCACAGAUAUUGCGAGAAGCUUCUCUCCCCCGAGAGGAAGCACGCAUGGGUAUAAUGGACCAAUCUCAGACAUAUCGUGAAACAUCAUUCCCCAGUCAUGGCCCACCACCACCAAUGGGCAACAUGGCAAUGGGGUCAUAUCCCACCCCUGUUCAGCAGAAUAUCAAUAGAAACAUGAGCAGUGUUCCACCAUCACGUCAGAAUCCAGCAGUAAAUUAUACCUACAGUUCAUCUCCCCAGGCCUCCCAUCAUAUGGACCAGGGUAGCCAUAAUGUCCCACCUGAAAAUUCAUCCACAUCUUAUCUUCCACAACAUAUCUCUAAUCCACAGACUGUACAGCAUCUAACUAAUCCACCUGUGGAUCGUGAGUUAGAAAAUGUGUCGCACCAAAUGUCUGAUCUCAGUGUGUCACAAAACACAAGGGGAGAAAACCCUAGCUAUGCACAUCAUCAUCAACAUCAUCACCAUCAGGGUCCACAGACUGAUAAUACAGUCUAUAAUUCUAACAAUGUAAUUCCUGUCAUGGAAAACAAACCAGCAGAUUCUAAUACAGGUGUUCGUGUAAACAGACCACCAGGAUUUAAUGCUCCUAGUUAUCAUCUUAACCAAUCAGUGGCAGCUGCAGUUUCAUUAAACUCCAUUGACUUUAAUAUACAAGACAAUUAUGAAAAACAGCCCUCACCACCAAGAAAUACUCCCACAGUGCAGGCUGAUCAACAAGUGGUGCCACCUAGUGAACAGUAUAUUGUAAAUGUUCAACUCGGUGAACCUAAUCAAACAGUCGGUGAAUCUGAUCGCCAAGUCAUUGAACCGGUUCACCAAGUCAGUGAGUCUGUUCACCAAACUAAACCAGAACCAAUUAUAGAAAGUGUGAAUAGUGAUUAUAGUAAUGUAGUUAACGAAUUACCAGACUCUAGUGAUGUAAACACCGUUCAACAAGGAAGUGGCGAUCUCAAGCUCGCGAAUGUAAGUAGUCCUAGUCUUCCAAUUCAGUCGGAACAGCCGAAACCUGUUAAAGCACCGACAUGGGCUGGACUAUUCAAAAACGUGACCCCGCCCACAUCAGGGCCUGUUGCUUACAGUGUCACACAUGUGGAUACCUCACCUCCUCCAUCCGAGGUGAAACAGAAUGUGACGAAAGACAUGAAUGUACCCAAUGAUCCGGUAUCUACAGAGGAUGACAAGCUUGCCAGGAAUUUCGGAGAGGCCCUGAGUAUCAUGACUGUUAGCCACGUACAGGUAGGACUGACCCCUCGUGGACUGGUCAACCGUGGUAACUGGUGCUACAUCAAUGCUACACUGCAGGCUCUGGUGGCCUGUCCCCCUUUCUGUGAUCUCCUGCGCCGGAUGCCAAAGUACAACAGGGAGGAAAGAGGCCCCAGUAGUACUCCAGUCUUAGACUGCAUGGUGGAGUUUGUAAAUGAAUUCUCGCCAUACGUCCGGAAUACUGACAGAGGAUCACAAAAAGGCCGUAGGAUGUAUCAGGACAUAAGCACGGGGAAGGAGUUUGAGCCGGUGAAUGUCUACAAGAUGUUACAAGUCAUGCAGGCAAACCAGACAUUUAAGCUGGGUCGUCAGGAGGACGCUGAAGAGUUCCUUAGCUGUAUUCUGGAUGGACUACAUGAGGAGAUGGCUUCUGUCAUGCAACUGGUCAACAAUACACGCGACUCCACACCAGAAACAGAGGCUAACGGCUUUGACCAGGAGGAAGAUGCAGAAUCGGAGAUGUCUGAGGAUUCCUGGGAACAAGUUGGACCCAAGAAACGAAGUGCUCUUACGCGCAAGGCUAUGUUUUCAAAGAGCCCUAUUGCAGACAUCUUUGUGGGGUACAUGAGGUCUGCUGUGUUUAAAUCUGCCGCCAAGGAGUCCGCCACUCUCCAGCCAUUUUUCACCCUACAGCUGGACAUACAGGCGGACACUGUGCACACUGUUCGGGAUGCCCUAGAGGGACUGGUGCUGAAAGAAUCCAUCAGUGGCUACACUUGUACCAAGACAAAGCUGGAGUUGGAGGUUGCCAAGAAGGUCACUCUGGAGGAACUCCCACCUGUCCUUGUCAUGCACCUCAAGUAUUUCGUCUUCAACAAAGACGGAGGGUCACAGAAACUUCUCAAGAAGAUCGACUAUCCCAUAGAUCUGGAAAUCACUAGAGAUCUACUUUCCCCCAAUGUCAAAUCAAAGCUCCAGCUUCACCAGAGAUCAUACAAACUGUUUGCUGUUGUGUUCCAUCAUGGGAAGAUGGCUACUGGUGGGGGUCAUUACACCACGACAGUAUUUCAUCCUGCCAUUAAUGGCUGGAUUAGCCUGGAUGAUAAUAGCGUGAAGCCAGUCAACCUACCAUUUGUUCUCAAGUACAACCCUCCCCGCGUACCGUAUCUGCUUUACUAUCGACGUACGGAUGUACACUAGCCAUCAAAUUAGUAUGCUUAUGUGUAGCUCUCACCUCUUACCACUUUCCCUCACUGCCAGAGUAAUAAUCUAGCCAGUGUUGUGUCGAUUAGAUAAACUGAUGAAAGAUAUGUUAUCUCAACUGAUGCAUACAAAGUGUCAGACAAAGUGGCAUCCAAACAAAGUGGCAUCCACUUUGUAUCACACCCGAGACAGCACUGAUAUGUGUGUAGGGGGCUGUAAUGACCGGCACAACAGUUGUGACAAACAGUUAUUUGUGAAAAUAAUAAUUUCAUUCAAAAUCCUAUGUGUUCUGGGGAGAGAAAUGCAGGGAUGUGUUGACACUGCGACCUCUAUAGUAGACAGGAAUCGUCAAAAUGUGGUGUAGUGUGUUUGGGAACAAAUUUAUAGACCUUGUGAAUGACGUCAUUCUUAUGUUAAGGAUGGAAGGAUAGAAUAUUUAUUGUUGAGUUCUACAGAUACAAUUAACUGAUUAACCUUGGAGACAUCAUGUGGCAUUCUCCAACACUGGUUCACAUACAGACUAAUGGUCUCUCUAAGGUCUCAACGACCAGAGAACAUAACCAGGUAUAUUUGUUUUGUUGACGAUAGUUUGAUGAAUACAUACUGUUAAAUAUUGUUACAUUCAUGGUUAUUUGGGUUUGUAAUUUUACCGCUUGGCAAGAUUGUAAAUGCUGACUGCACUAAGGCUUGCUGUGUGAAAGUGAAAGUUGAUAUUUUACCUGAAAUUAUGUAUAAAGGUAUGUUUCUAGUGUGUCAUGUUUACAUGGGUGUUAUGUGUUUCACAAGAGUGCAUGCAUGCUUGUGAUGAAUGGUCGUAAAAUAUAACAAUUCCCCUGGAACAAGAAACGUACCUCUGGUACGAUUAAUGUUUGUCAAGUAAAAGUAAAUCUGCAGUGAUCUGGAUAAAAUAUGUAGAUUUAUUAACCAUUGACAAAAUAGAAAAUGUCAACACCACAGUCGGUUCAAGGACAAACAAUACAAACAUUACCAAUUGCGAGAAUUUCCACUUUUUCAGUAGCUGACGAUUAUGUUAUAACACUUGUACCUAAUUAGUGUAUACCUGUGUAGUAGGAUAAACAUUGAUACACAGGUACGGUAAUGAGACGGUAGAGUAUACCUUAUGUCCAGGUAUUAGUAGGAUAAACAUUGAUACACAGGUACGGUAAUGAGACAGUAGAGUAUACCUUAUGUCCAGGUAUUAGUAGGAUAAACAUUGAUACACAGGUACGGUAAUGAGACAGUAGAUUAUACCUUAUGUCCAGGUAUUAGUAGGAUAAACAUUGAUACACAGGUACGGUAAUGAGACAGUAGAUUAUACCUUAUGUCCAGGUAUUAGUUGGAUAAACAUUGAUACACAGGUACGGUAAAAACUGUGCCUGUGAGAAAUCGAUAUGAAAUGUGUGAAGAGAGAUUAAUAUUGUGUGGACAUAUUAUAUUAAACCAUGAUUCUAAAUAAAUAUAUAUAUAUAUAUCAAAAAGGUAUGUUUUAAGAAUAUAUUUUGUUGCCUAUUAAAUGCAUUGUCUAAGAUGAAAAUGAUAAUUGGAAAGGAAAUAUUGUAUUAACAAGGAAUAUUCUACGUUUAUUUGAUUUUUUCUUUUCUUUCUGCUAUACACUGUACUGAGGCAUUAUUGCUUUGUAUUUAUGAUAUUUUUGUCAAUUAUUUAUCUAUUUUGUGUUUGAAUUGUAUAAAAGAAUCAAUUGUGUGUAUGGGAUCUAUGCUACACUAAUAAAUCAGUGUUGUUGGCAUUAUAUACUUCAAUAUGUUUCUAUUCAAAAUUGUUCUUGAAUAGAAAUAAAAUUCGUAAAAAAACAAAAAACUCUUUUCCUAAAAUAUAAUGAUUCAACUGGUUUAUACAUUUUAUGAUGAAUAUAGAUUUUAAUAUUAAACAGCUUUAAUUUUCAUGCAAGGUUUCUCAUGGCACUGAACGUAUUUAGAGUAUACCUUCAGUGUUUCUCCAUAUAGCUUUGAAUCUAUUGUAAAGGUCUCUACAUUGACCCAGCCAUAUGGGAAAGGUUUCUUCAUCAUGGUCAACUUAUAUCUUAAAAUUGCUGUUUUUUUUUUAACAGAGAUGAGUUUAUUUGUUGCUUGAUAAUAGCGUUGAAUCCCUUAUAUACAAGUUUAGGUUUAAGAUCUUUUGUAAUUAGAUCAAUGGUGAUAAGAUCUUCAGAUCUAUUGUAACAAGAUCCUUAGAUAUAUGAUAAUCAGAUGAUACCAUAUAUGGUAAUAAUAUACAAGUUUUGGUUUAAGAUCUUUUGUAAUUAGAUCAAUGGUGAUAAGAUCUGAAGAUCCAUUGUAACAAGAUCCUUAGAUAUAUGAUAAUCAGAUCAUACCAUAUAUGGUAAUAAGAUUAAUGAUAACAAUCUUGUAUCAAAAUUUCCCUGCUUGGUUUGAUUGGCAAGCGACAGUUAGACUUUAUAUCGAGGGACAUGUGACAAACUAAUAAUGCUAUGACCGAGAAGCAUGGAGAACAAUGUUUAUUGAACUUUCAUCUGUAUACAAAUUGUAUCUCUGUAGAAAUAUUUAAUGUGUACAUUGAAUAAGGUAUGCUAUUUUAGAGGGUGCUUUUAUUACUAGCAUGUCCUUGCAUACAAAAACAUAUUCAGAUUUCAUACAUAUUUUUUCUAUGUAAUUUGUACAAUAAAUGUAGAAUUAAAGUGUGAAGGGAAUCUACAAUAUAUCAAGGAAUAUUUGUUGUAUAAAUGUUGUGUUUAAAUAUGACUUUUGGAUUAUCUAGGGAUGGUCCUUGUACCCUUUUUGUGCUCUGCAAAGUAAGUGUGAAAUGGAUUUAGUUUUUGUAUUGAGGUACAAGGUGUUCUGCAUUGAGUAUGUGGUCUGAGGGGGUCCAUCAUAAAUAAUGUAUAUAAAAUAUAUAUUUUCUGAUCAACUGUUUGUUGAUAAUUGAAAUGGUUUCUAGGUUUGCAGUGUUAUAAUAGCUACGUGUGGUUUUUCAAAUGGAGGAGGUAUCCUAGUGAUUGACAUCAUAAUCGUCUGGUGGCUAUUACAUUUUCCUCCCCUGGAUAGUUUGUAUUUAAUCAAUUGUGUAUAUAUGAUAAACAUAAUAAACAGGUGUUGAUUGAAUGUUUCUGUAUGCAGGAGUGUGUUAUUGCUAUAAUUUCUGGGCAAAUAUAGUAUUUAUUCUAAUAAAUGCCCAUGCAGUCUUUAUAUUUGCCUUCGAGAGAAGGACAGGGGUCUUCGUUGCAAUGGUAUUGCACCAAACUCAUAUGGAAGUUUUGCGCAACAUCAUAUUAAGUUACAAAAUACAACAUUUUGAUUUAACUAUGACUUUUAAUUCAGGUAGUUAAAUGAUGAAAUAGUCAAAGAAAAAACUGUUGAGAAGUUUAUUUGAUUAAAUACAGUAGUAACCAGUUUAUUUGAUUAAAUACAUUAGUAACCAGUUUAUUGAUGAAAGAGGUGUCCAAGUAUGAUAUCCAGUGAAACCACCUGGUUAUUUUAAUCAAUGUAUUAGUGAGUUUAUGAUAUUCACAUUGAGGAUUUCUUUGUUGAGAAAAAAUCACUAACAGUUUAGUGAUUCAUUAGCCUGCGAUUUUAACGAUACAAUGCAUCUCUUGAUUUGAUUAAUUACAGUUAUAAUCUGACAAGUCUUUGCUUGAGUUAUUUUGCCAUGCUCAAUUUUUCAUUCAGUCAUUUUUGUUUAUCUUAUCUUUUCUGAGUAUUAUCUAUGACAUUUGUUGCAUAUUGAAUAUUUUGUCAUCUAUUUCUUUUAAUAAUUGCUUUUUUUCUCUCUGUGCUGUUUUUCACUUCUAUCCUAUUUUAACUAUUCGCUUCUGGUAUUCAAGCAUCAGUAUUUAUAUUAUUGGAUGGAAGAGGUCGAACAUUUGGUGAAGAUAUGCUCUGGGAACCUCAUCACCGUGCACUACAAAGAACUCCUAGCUACCUGUUUCAAUGUAUCUUUCUGCUACAAAUACGUUUGAUUUCUUAACAGUUUGUAGAAUUUAUAAAUGGAAGGAACACAUUUUGUUCGUGGCAUUGUCUAUUCUUAUUUUAUUAAGAUUUUUAUUUGUUUCUUUGCGUUAUUAAAUAACUUGUUGGUAGAAAAACGACAACAUCCUUUUUAUGUGAUAUAAAGACACAUAUAAAAUAUGAGUUCUUUGCAAUGGAAGGAAAUGAAGUUUAAGUUGUUAAUCUCUCUAGCAGUGUUACAAAUGUUUUAAAGGAAUGACUUGUUUUUUGCUAGUUUUGUAGUCUAGGGUCGGGAAGUUUGAACGUCUAUCAGGAAGAAAGAGAGAAAGUUCAAAUUAAGAUGAAAUGAAAUUAAAUAAAAACCUUCCUUUUGGUCA